GGUGCUUGGCGCGCUAUUGCCGCGGUCGAUCGAGAAUGCUGCCGUGUAGAAAGAACAGAGAUACGACAAUGCGAGAAAGCCAACAAUCAUUGUCCAAAGCUUUGUCUCUCCUUGCCCCGAUGUUCCCUUUCAAUUUCAAUUAGUUUGACAACUCGGUAAUCGGUAAGAGUUCGAAAUCACUUGUGCAAAAUUUUGCAAGCAGAGUUCUGUUCACUUUCAAACAACGUAUUACGAAGUAGUAUAGUAUAUUAGUAUGAUGAUUAUUACAUAGUAUACAUAUGUAUGAAUAGUACAGUAUUACGUAUUAGACGAUGAUAGAUGAUACCAGUCUCUUGUGUCUUCCCGUACUCGUACUCGUACUAGUAUUCGAGUCUACGUACGUGUACAUAUCAUGCAUAAACCUUCUAGUCCCGAAUCUCAUUCCUUUCACGGUUCGCGACCACAACGCCUUGCUUUAGCGAGUCGUGGUUUGCAACGGAUGUGAAAAGAAAAUGACURCUAAGUACUGUACUUCGUAGGUAAAUAACCCAUACUGCGUCACCGUAUCGGUAGGAUCUUCUCAUCAUAUUGAAUCGGUUGGCUUUCGGGAAGAAAAUUCCGAAGCAGAAUACGCAUGUGGUGUCCUUGCUCGACCGUUGAACAACUCCCAGAUUCCGUCUGAACAGAAAUACAAACUAUCUAAAAAAUGGAAUUCCAUGCAAGAAGCGUGCAAGAGGCACCACAAUAGAGCAUUGGCCUUACGUUGCUGGAACGCAGCAGAGCUGUUGAGAGGGAAGAAACAGCAAACAGUCGAAUACAAUCGAUCGUGGAGGAAAGACUCAUUAAGAUACGUUAGGUUGAAUACGUUACGUGACGAGGGCUCCGCCGACGUGACGGGUGGCAACGUGAUUCAAGAAAGGGCAGGAAGAGAACUGACGAAACCAAACGGGGUAAUCGAUCAUGGCAAAUACUUCUACACGGCAAAGGUCGUUGACGUUCGAUCCCUAUGUGUAUGCACCAGACGAUGAAUUGCUAGAUAGGACAAUGACAACGCAACAGACAGAAAACCAGGAACAMGACCGUGKCUCUACUCGGAAUAGACUAUUGAAUGUGCAAGCUUUCGAAACAAUUUCAACAUCAGCUCCUAUUGCUUCUCUUUCGACUGACGACGACGAAGAUCGCAUUCCUCCUCCCAUCGAAGUUGUAGGUGCGAAAACGUGUACCAGUAGAGCUGAUAAUCAUCCGGAUUUUGCAUCAUGGAAACGGGACGUAUUCGGAACGCUACCAUCAUCCUCGUCUUCAUUCUCACCAAAUAGUAGAAGAGAACUUAUUGAUUGGAAGACGGCUCAAAUCAGCAAACGACUAGAAAAACAGCUCCGAUUACAGGAGCAGCUAUUGCGUACAGUAAAGAGCGACAUAAGCAACGACGACAGCAACGAGAGCAGUUAUAUCAACGUUUUGAACAAAGARUUGAAAGAUAAUAAUACAUUUGAAACAAGAAACUCUUCCUAUAUGCUUGGCGACGAAUGUAAAGAAAGCAACAACGAGAACCAGAAYACACAACCUAUGUCAGAACAAACGACGAUCACACAUUCCAUCUGUAAGAUAAAAAAAUUUCAUCCAGAAUCUACCGUCACCAACGUUUACGUUCGACAAGAAAAAGAAGGAAAGGCGAGGAGGUGUCAUCARCAAGAUCAACAGUACUUAACAAUGGCAGUACCUCCAAACUCACCAAAAAUGAAGAAUCAUACAAUCUCUUCUCUCUCGCUUAAAAGAACUGGUAUCCCCGAAAAGAAGAACAAUUCGACACAGCUUGCUGCAAUCAUGAUGGAGCUGGCUGAGCUCAAGGAUUGGGUAGCGAAAGACAUUGAUAAUGCGAUUGCGGACAAUGUUGCUGAUUCUCCGACUUCGCUCCCAUCGAUUGCCACCCGUCUCCGUCAAUCGACGCCUCCGUCUUCACCAACAUCGCCCGCGCCUCCCGCAAGUCGUGACAAACCCGAGCUCCAGAUCCCAUCUCUUGAUGUACCGAACCUUGUGUCGCCGCCAUUGUCGCCGGAAGCAGACCACAGUACUAAGAAUGAGAACAAUGAAAUGAUUAAGACCGAGAGCCCUCUUAAAGUCGAGACGAACAUGGACGCUAUGGAAGCAACCAUGAAAUCGAAAGAGAAAAAGAGCGUACGGUUCGCAUCUCCAGAGAUUACCGAUACGAUUUACCGACCCUUUACACCUCAAGAAGAAAUCAAUACUCUAUUCUUUCAGGAGGAUGAACUGUUGGAUUGGGAGAACGACGAAGAAACCACCGUUAGAGAUCGCUUCGAAGUCAUUGUGACAGAAAUUGAGACCUCCCAUKGUUCUGAAGUCGAGUCAAAGCAACACAAUGACAAUAGSCUUGUUACCGGUAGCUUUUUGAAUAUUGGUACCCCAAUUAUUUCGUUUCACAAUUCGUACUCGWGUUCCUUCCAAGAAAGCAGCGACGAUGAUAGCUCGCAUUAUGAGAACAACAUGUACGAACUAUAAUCAUCCAUUCAAUUUUCCAAACUAUUGGCAGCUAGACGUGCAGGUGCUGAUAGGGAGGAGUGUACCAUAUUCUUGUUAUUGAGCCGUGAAUUCAAUUGCGCAUCGACCACAGUAACAAGAAGAAAAAGAUAUACUGCAG